CAAAGUUUCACCUCACCUUCAGUAAUGGUUGCAAAUAAUUCAGAUGCAAGUUCCAUGAAAGAAGAUAUGUCUGUAUGUUCACAAGAAAGAAUUGCAGAUGUUGGUGCCAGAGAUACCUCCAUGAAAUCAGUAUUCAGUGCUUCUCUAACAAAAUUCAUGGUUUCAUCAAACGGUGCUGAUGUCCCACCAUCAGGCCUUACUGAAAAACAGAUUACUGCUUUGAGUGAAUCAUGUCCUAAAUCAUCAACUGACAGCUCAGAUGAAGAUGAGUGGGUGAUUCUGGAAGAAUUGGACAAGCCUCUUACAAAAACUCCUGCUACAGAACAGGUCCAAGAUACAGAGAGCAGUAAAAACAAUGCUGAGGUGAAUUAUGAAAAAGAACAACCAGGAGUAUCUUUUAGUGUUCCGGAAGCCAGUCAAGUCAGGCAUCUUGAAGAGAGUAUGAGUGCCCCUGAGACUUGCAGAAUCAGAGACUUGGAGAACAGGGUUAUUAGCAUUGAAACUGUUCAGAAUGAGUCCCUGCUAAACGAACUUCAGGAUAGCCUGAGGAGUCUUCAUGCAAAGUAUACUGCACUGCACAAAAACUACAACCAACUCAAAGUUGAAGCUGAAAAUUCAAAGAGUAAAUCUAGUCUGACAAGCAGAGAGAAUGAAGUCCUCCUGCAACAGCGAGAGGAUGAAUGCCGUAAGCUACGAGACCAGUUAGAUUCUGUCUCACGUAAGGCUAAGCAGAAGAAAGACAAAAUGGCGGAUGACUUUAACAGGAGGCUACAUGAACUGAGGAAUGAGAUGCAUGCUGUUCUGAAUGAGAAAGAAGCUGUUGCAAACCAAUUAGAGAAAGCUAGGCAGGACUUGAUCGAGAUGCAGAAGAGCAAUCUGUCAAGCCUGUCUCAGCAUGAUCUUGUAGAUGAGUCAUCUGCAAUUAAGGAUCAAUUAGAAAAGACUAAGAAAGCCCUGGUAGAGAUGUCAGUAAAACUGCGAGAAGUUUGCGAGCAAGCUGAUGCUGAGAAGAGGGAGCAUAAUUGCCGUUUGAAACAACUAGCUGACCAAUCAACACCUUCAUCACUUUUACCAGGGGUGAGCAAUGGGUCACUUGGGGAGCAGGUAGAAUUCUUAGAACGGAAGUUGAAAGAAACAUGGGAUGACCAUGCCUUGCAGUUGACAACUGUUGAACAGAAACUACUGCGAGACAACUCAAAGUUUAGGGCAAAACAUAGUGAAUUCCAACUGAAAUAUGAAAAGCAGAAAGAGAAAACAAAAACAGGUUAUGACAAGAUAAAACAUCUGAGGCAAUUAGUGAGCAGCCUUCAGGCCUUCAAGCAAGGUGGACAUAGCAAUCACAUGACCAAAACUAAUGGAAUAGUACAGCAAAGAUUUGAUAGUGUGAGAGCCAGUGAUUGGUUGAAAAUCUGGACCAACCCAAUAAAGCGAGAGAGACAACUGCAGCAAAUAUUCCACGAGGUGCAGGCUACAGAUGGUGGACCGGAUGGUGGGGUCAAGGACCAUGUAUUUUUCCAAAAGGUUAUCCUUUUCAUUUGGAAUCAAAGAAAUGAGAGCAGACAAAAACUGAUGGGGUUCCAACAGAAAAUGGAACAGCUAGAUGGAGAAAAACAGGUUUCAGAUAGGCUGGAGUUGGAAGCUUUGCAAGAACAACUGAGUAGUGCCAUCACUGAAAACUCUACAAUGGAAACCUCUUAUAACCAAACUAUUGAUCAGCUUGUCAGUGAGAACAAAGAACUGCAAGUGAAAAUAAAACACCUGGAGAAGACCAUCUCAGCACUUCAUCACGACAAUAACUUGUGGAGGUUGGAGAUGGACAAAAUAAGGUCUAAGGAUCAAUCACUUGUCAUCGACAAGAAAACAGAUUUGUCUGAUUCAAGAGUCAUGACCCUAAAAGCUGAGGUAGAGUGUGUCCGUCAACACUGCAGUCUGUUAAAAGCUGAGGUUAGCAGCACCAAGAAACGUAAUGAAAAUCUUACUGCGAGGUUGACCCAGAUGGAGGAAGAGGGACAGCAGUAUUUGGAACAGCUUAAAGGCAAGCAACAGCAAACAGAUCGUCUUGAAAUUACAAUUAAAACCCUGGAAAAGCAGAUGGAUAGGGCAAAUGAUGAACUUGAAAAAGGUCGCACUUCUUUAACUAGUCUUGUUGCUAAGAAGCAAGUAGCUGACACAAGAAUUAAAGAAUUGGAGAAAAAACUGAAGGAGGUCAUACAGGAUAACGAACAGCUAUUGCUAGACAAUUCACAGCUUCCAAUUAUUGAAGAGGUCAUCACAAAAACUGAGGUCAGAAAUCUUGAGCAACAAAAUACUAAUGAUAGAGUUGAGCACUUACAGAAUGAUAUAUUUGAACGUGAAAGAGAGAUUACAAUGUUGGAAAUUGAGUUGAAGUCAGCAAGAGAGCAAGUAGAUGUACUCCAGAAACAGAUCAAGAACCAACCAAAAAAGGUAGUACCAGAAUGGAUGAAUCAUGAAGCCUGGCAUGAUAUGAUUUCUGAGAAACAGAAACUUAAAAAUGAGCUAAUAGAAAUCAAGGAGAAGAUGCUGUGGGAUAACAAAGAACUGACAGAACUACGGCAGGAGCAUGGGGAGGUUCAGAGCAAGCUGGGAUUGGCGGUUCAAAAAUCCGAGAUGGAAGGUCUGAAGAAGAAACUUCAGCUGGAAGAAGAGAAGAUGAUGCUUCGAAUGGAUGUGGAUGGGAAGUUGAGGUCGGCAUCUAUCAAAGAGAAGGAAUUGAAACAGGAACUUGAUGAGCAGAAGAAGAUGGUAAUCGAGUGCCAGAUGAAGAUUAAUAGAAUCCAGAAUGAACUCAGAUUAAAAGAGAAUGAAGCAAACAGUCUUAACCAAGAAUUAGCAAUUAUGUUGAAUGAAAAUGUACUGAUGAAGAGAACAUUAGAAACAGUAACAACUGAAAAUAGCAAUAAGCUUAUGGAGGUAGGGGCUUUAACAACACAACUGCAGGAAGAGAAAGGAAAGAAUGAGAAAACUAGGCAUGAAUUAGAGCACAUGUUGUGCCUAGUUAGCAAGGAUAGUGGAUUGCUAGGCCAUGACAGACCCAAUGAAUUAGGCACUAUUACAACCAAGCCAACAACAGAUGGUACUACUAUAGAAGAGUUGAUGAUAAAACUGACACAGGCUAGAAUUGAAAGUGGUGAGAUUAAACACAAACUGCAGACAGCCGAGAAAAAAUUCCACCUUGAGGAGACCAUGAAUAGGUCUAUGAGGGAGCAACAUGAAAAGUCCAGCAUGGAAAAGAACAGUAUGGAGAGAACACUAGAUUUAUUGCAAGUAGAGAAGUUAAAAUGGUUGGACACAGAAUCGCAGCUGAACAAACAAAUUGAUAAACUAUGCAAGGAACGAGAAAAAUAUAUGCAAGAGCUCCUCCAAGCAAAGAAAAAUGCUGAAAAACAAAGAAAUUUAUUCCUUGAGGCUACAAAGAAGCAGAAGGAAACUGCCGAGAAGUACGAAUACCAGUUGAAUGACACUAGCAAGCAAUGGAAUGAAGAAAAGAAGGACUUGGAAGAGCAAAAGGAUCAACUGAAGGAAGAGACACAAUCAAUGAAAGAAAAUAUAGCAGAGAAGGAAGGAAGACUAAAAGCAUCAGAAGAAACAAUUAAACAACUUAAUGAAGAUAGAAGAGCAAAGGAGAUUGAAGCAAGCAGUCUAAAUCAAGAAUUAUCAAUUCUGUUGAAUGAAAAUGCCUUGAUGAAAAAAACAAUAGACACAAUAACAACAGAAAACAGCAAAAAGUUUAUGGAAGUAGGUGCGUUAACAACACAACUGCAGCAGGAAAAAGGCAAAAAUGAGAAAACUAGGCAUGAAUUAGAGCACAUGUUGUGCCUAGUUAGCAAGGAUAGUGGAUUGCUAGGCCAUGACAGACCCAAUGAAUUAGGCGCCAUCACAGCCAAGGCAAUAACAGACGUUACUACUAGAGAGGAGUUGAUGAUAAAACUGACCGAGGCUAGAAUUGAAAGUGCUGAGAUUAAACACAAACUACAGACAGCUGAGAAGAACUUUCACCUGGAGAAGACAAUGAAUAAAUCUCUGAGGGAGCAGCAUGAAAGGUCAAGUAAUGAGAAGAGCAACAUGGAGAAAGCAUUAGAUACACUGCAAGUAGAGAAAAUGAAAUGGUUGGAAACAGAAACACAGCUGAACCAGCAAAUUGAUAAACUAUGUAAAGAGCGAGAACAAUAUAUGAAAGAGCUACUCCAAACAAAGCAAAAUGCAGAUCAACAAAGAAAUUUAUUCCUUGAGGCUGAUAAAAAACAGAAGGAAACUGCCAAGAAAUAUGAAUGCCAGUUGACUGACACCAGUAAGAGAUGGAAUGAGGAAAAGAAAGACUUGGAAGAGCAAAAGGAUCGACUAAAGGAAGAGAAACAAUCAAUGAAAGAAAAAGUAGCAGAAAAGGAAGGAAGGCUGUAUGCAUUAGAGGAAACAAUUAAACAGCUUAAUGAAGAUAAAAGAGCAAACCUAGAAUUGAGGUCCAAAUUGGCAUCUACCAAGUCUAGAUUGAGUGACAUGGAAGCAACCAUUGAAAAAUUGACCCUGGAAAGAGAUCGGUAUGCUGAUGAGACAACGCAGCUUCAACAGUCCUUGAAGAACACAGAGGAGAAUAAGACAAUGAUGGAAUCACUGGUAGAAGAGAAAGAAAAAGCAUUGUCGGAUCAACGUCUUAGCUACUCGGAGAGAUUGACAACCAUGACAAAUCGUUUGCAGAAGACCCAGAAUUCCCUAGCAACCGUCCGUGAAGGCCUGCAGCAGGCAAGGGAUACUAACACUAGCUUAACGAAGGAGAGAUCAGACUUACUGGCCAAAUUGGACUCCCUGAGGGAAGCCUGGGAGGCUGAUAAAAUGAAGCUUGCUGUAACGGAAGAACGCUUUACUAACAUGGAAUCCAAGCAAAUGAAAACUAUGCUUACGUUGAAUGAAGUACAGGAGAGUAACAAGACACUGAAUUCAUCACUUCUGGACUUGGACAGCAAACUCAGCAUGGAGAAGACAAAAGUAAAGAUGUUACUAGAACACGAGUCAGAAUUGGAAACUAGGAUCAAAAGUUAUGACAUGAGGUUAAAGAUACUGGAUGAGCAGGUGAAUUAUUACAAGAAACGAUUGAGCAAGGAAGAAUCACGAUUACAGCAGGCCCGGGGGGAAAUUCUAAAAAACAACAAUGAGGCAGCCCAUGAAAAACAGAAAAAGAUGUAAGAAACUGUAGAUGAACACUUAUGCAUAUAUUCUUUUUUUCUAUUUACAAUUUUUAGAGAUCUAUUCUCACUCUCAAGUUUUAUGUGGCAAAUACAUGU